CUAUAUGGACCAAUAGAUUGUGGUUUUCAAGCUCAACGGAGCCCAUGUGAACAUGUUAGCAAGCCCGGUGGCGUUACUUUGGCAAUAACCCAGUCCAGAUAAUUCUUCCAUCAAAGCAUCUCUUCCACAUCUCGAUCCUGCGAACGGAGGAAAUCAAGCUGUUGACACCUGAACAAGGUAAAGGAAAGAAAACUUUCUGUAUGUGUGAAGAGAAAGAAAGGAGGUGCAAAAUGGCGAGCCGCCACUGCAAAGUGCCAUUUGAAGCCUUUGAUCUCUGCUUGGUGUUCCGAGAAGAAGCUGCAGCUCUAGGGUGCCCUCUGUAUCGCAGUGUGAUGUGUCUGUUAUCUGAGUAACGUCACUCGAUCUCUGAGAGUGACGUCACCUGAUCUCUGAGAGUGACGUCACCCGACCUCUGAGUGGCGACCGAUGGCCGGCGCUGACGUCAUAUUUGAUCGCGAGUCCAACAAGUGGCGUCGGAUCAGCUGGAGUGUUUUGCUGAUUGUCUGCAUAACGCUGUUAGCAGCUCAGGUGGUGGAGCGUGUACGCCAUUUUAUGAAAGAGCCGAUCUCGGUAGAAGUCAAAGUUCACCGAAAUAGUACCCUCAAGUUCCCGGCUGUGACCAUCUGUAACAAGAACUGGUUCAACCUGACGCGGGCCCGUAGACUGCUCGCAGACGUGUUUCCCGGCAACAACUGCAGUGACGAAGACAUUCUGCGAGACGACAUCAACGCCGGCUCCGGCUGCACUGUAUCAGAUGCCAUUGGUCGCCGACUGCCCCCCGAGCAGGGUGGGAAGUUUCUGGACACCGCAGAUGUCUGGCGCAGGGCAUCUCACAACUUCUCCGAGCUCAUACAACAGUGUUAUUUUGGUCGUAACGUCACCUGCGAGCGGGCCGGCGAAUGGAGCGAAAUCGUCACCGAAAUGGGCAUCUGCCAGACCUUUCAGACCAACGAGCCUGUGAAAACCAGCGGUCAUUUCAACCACCUUUAUCUCGUGCUCAAUGACAAACAGAAGAAGUUCAAAAAUGAAGAAGGUUUUCGUGUGCUGAUCCACGACCCCGGCGAUGACCCGCGCCUGAUGGUCCGCACUCACGGCAGCUCCAUCAUCCAGAGGCACGGGCGUGACGUGCGCAUGGUACUCAAAGAGUUCAAGGCGAUUCCGAGCCGGGAAUACUUUUGUCGCUCCGAGGACGACGGGUACUCGCACAUAGGCUGCGAGGCCGACUGUUUCAACACGAUACUAUAUCGGGAGGCUGGCUGUCUGCUGCCGUUCAUGAACCACACUCCAGGUUUGCCCAGCAGCGCCAUCUGCAAUACCACCGAGCACUACCGCAGCGCCAUCUGGCACAAGCAGAGCCUGCUGCACAGUGGCGGAUGGAACGCCCAGGACAACUGCACAUGCGAGCGAAAAUGUCACGAGUUCGAGUUCCUGCUGUUUGCCGAGACCGGGGAGAUUGUCGACUCCAGGGCUCGGCUCAGGGUCUUCUAUCAGGACCUAUACUACGAGAACGUGCAGGAGUCUCUGGCCUACCCUGUGAUACCGCUGCUCUGCGACCUCGGGGGCGCUCUGGGGCUGAUGCUCGGCGCCUCGCUGCUCACAUUUUUCGAGAUCGUCGAGGCCGUCGGCAUGCACGCCUUUAGGCUGUAUCGCUGCGGCGGCAAACAGGACUCAGUUGCCAUCACGGGCGCGGAGGAGGAGGCGCCCUCGUUCAGCAGUCACUUUCGGCACAGCCGCCGCUCCGCCGGAGGACGUCGCUCUCGCUCGAGGAGAUGCAGCUCCGGCUCGGGCCUCGAGGCCGAUUUUUUCGGGGUGUGUCACGAUCUGGAUCAUCUGGAUGGGGCGCGGCGGGAUCACCGCGAUCACCUGCACGUUCCGGGUCACACGGUGGAGACGGGGCUGUUCCGGUGACUGGGUAGAGGACAGAGGGGCCGACAGAGAUAAGGAGAGCGGCCAGGACAGGGUGGACACAGAGGGAGAGAGGCGCUGGGAGAGGCAAUGAGUAUGCGGUGGUUGGAGAGUGGUGCAUGGGAUUGAAAACAGAGGAAAACUUUGGCUGGGUGCAAGUUCAGUGGGAUCCUCGACAGUGGCCAUUGAUGUCCAGAUGUGAGAUGAUGGUUCGUUUCCGAACCAAGUGGACGUUGCAACGAAGAGCAUGCAGUUUCAAUGAUAACGCCGAAAUAAAAAUAGCGUUAGAUACAUACGCGGCUGAAUAUACGUGAGGAUACUAACUAGAAAAAUGUGAUGUGUUUUUCGACCCCUUGCUGCGAAUGGUCGGAUUAUUGAGUUGAAUAAUAAUCGAGUUAGCUUGUCGGUGCGCAGCCAAGGCAAUAGAAACUCAGGCCUACCUGCGUUUUGUUGUAGGCGACUUAUUGUGCUAUUUAUCUGUCGAACUGAAUGCUAUUAUUGCUCGCAACAGUAAACGCUGUUAUAUAAUGUAAGUUAUAGCUAACAGAAGAAACCUAACUAUAUGCCUAUAUGCCUAUGUAUCAAAACGAUAAGCGGCGGUUUAUCAUUCUUCCGCAAGUGUUUUAGCUUACUUGAUGGAAUAACUAAAAUCACUUUUAGAAUCAUCUGUAAUUCUGGGGCUUGUUAUAGAGAUGCCGAUAAAAAUGGAGCCAGGAAGUCAAUGUAAUGAUCGGUUUAUUGUUUUGACCUUCCCCGGGAUAUUAGUUCUCAUCCACCCCGUCGUGGGCUGUAUAGUGUACACCUUGUCUUUUACAUCUCACUUUAGACGACUUUGCUCGAUGCUGAUGACCAUUGACCUAGGUAUGAAAAUGAUGUUGCGUCAGUCAAUGCCAUGUGACAUUACAAUAAAUAAUGUUAUAUAA